AUAAAAUACCCUUUUUACCCGUAUUUUUAUUUUAAGGACCUUUUUGGUGUUAUUGACACCCUGAUAACUACAUACCAGCGAAUCCUAUGGUCUAUCCCUGAUAAACUUGGUGGAGUUCUUGCAAUGUUUGGUGCUAUUGUAGUGCUUUUUUUGAUACCAUUUAUAAACCAGUCUGAAGUCAAGUAUUUUGGAAUCUGCUAUGAUGAAAACAUCAACAAAAUAAUUAUUAGUUACUUUUUUUUAGAAAUACAGAGUGGUGGAAGCACUAUUCCUACUAUGUUUAACCGUGACUUUUUAACAACAAAGAACUACAACAUAAGUAAGAAUGAUAUCUUGAAUGGUGGUCUUUGGCAAAGAGCAAACAAAGGUUUCAUUUCUAGUAAAGAUGAAGAAUCUGCUAAGAAAUUUACGGAAAAAUACAAAUUGUCUUAA